AUGAAGGACGAGCUGGUGGGGGGGAGAGAGAACGGGGAGUCGACCAGGGCGACGACAGAGAAACAGUCAGUGACGAAGAGCUUGGCGAGCUCUGCCGAUGAGGAAUUGCAAAAGGUUGUGGAAUGUGAGUAUGUUGUUCGUGGAGAGAUCGUUAUCAAUGCUCAGCGCCUUCAAGAAGAGCUACAAAAGAAACCAGGUAGCCAUCCCUCUGUUGAGAUACUUAAUUGCAACAUUGGGAAUCCACAGUCUCUAGACCAGCAGCCAGUUACUUUUUUCCGAGAGGUUCUUGCUUUGUGUGAUUAUCCAACAAUUUUGGACAGAGAUGAAACUCAUGCCUUAUUCAGUGUGGAUUCCAUAGCAAGAGCUUGGCAGAUCCUAGACCAGAUUCCUGGUCGAGCUACAGGUGCAUACAUUCACAGCCAGGGUAUCAAAGGAUUACAUGAUGCAAUUGCAGCUGGAAUUGCUGCUCGUAAUGGUUAUCCUUGCAAAGCAGAAGAUAUAUUCUCAACCGAUGGAGCGAGCCCUGCUGUCCACAUGAUGAUGCAAUUACUGUCGAGGUCAGAGAAAGAUGGCAUCCUCUGCCCCAUACCUCAAUAUCCUUUAUACUCUGCUUCGAUUGCUCUUCAUGGCGACCAUUUUGUCCGAUAUUACCUCGUUGAAGAAAUAAGGUGGGGACUGGAGAUUUCUGAGUUUAAGAAGCAAGUGGAAGAUGCUCGAUCAAAGGGUAUAACUGUCAGGGCACUUGUAGUCAUAAAUCCCACGAAUCCAACCGAGCAGGUUCUUGCAGAAGAAAACCAGCGACAAAUAGUGGAAUUCUGCAAAAAAGAAGGUCUUGUUCUCCUAGCAGAUGGGGUCUACCAAGAAAAUAUCUAUGUUGCACACAAGAAAUUUAAUUCCUUCAAGAAGAUUGCACGAUCAAUGGGAUAUGAAGACCAGGAUAUUUCUUUAGUACCAUUUCAAUCAGUUUCUAAGGGUUGUGAUGGAGAAUGUGGAAAGAAGGGUAGCUAUAUGGAGGUUACCGGUUUUAGCACUGAAGUGAGAGAACAGAUUUAUAAGGUGGCAUCAGUAAAUCUUUGCUCAAAUAUAUCUGGUCAAAUUCUGGCAAGCCUCGUUAUGAAUCUACCUAAGGAAGGAGACGAAUCCUAUGAGUCUUAUGUUGUAGAGAGAUAUGGAUGCUGUCUGAAGACGAAUUCAAUCAACACUUUUGCGUACUGGUUUAAGAACUGUGAUGAGCUGAUUGAUUUCAAGGAGGGUGGGCAUACAAGCUUUGAGUAUGGGCGAUAUGGGAACCCAAUUACCAAGGUAUUGGAGAGGAAGAUGAGUGAAUUAGAGAGGGCAGAAACUACUUUGUUUGUGUCCUCUGGCAUGUAUGUCAGUUGUGCGGUGCUCUCAGCCCUGGUUCCUACAGGUGGCCAUAUCGUUACAACCACUGGUUGUUAUAGGAAGACAAGGAUGUUAAUUGAGAAUGAGCUUCCAAAGAGGGGAAUUAAGGCUGUCGUUAUUGCUCCUGCUGAUAUGGGCUCUCUUAAAAGAGCAUUGUGUGAAAAUAAAGUGACUCUUUUCUUUACGGAGUCCCCAACUAAGGUUAAAAAGUUUCAUACAUUUGACCUUGGGACAAGGUCAAAGUUAAGGGGAGGGAAUUGUUAGGAACCGAUCAUCAGUUGGAAACCAGUCGAUUGAGUCAAGAGCUUCGAAAGCUGAGAACCUGGAAGCUGAAGCUGAGGACUUGAACGCUGUGGACUGAUACGCAAAGUUCAGGACUGAUAUACAGAGUUUGGGGCUGACUGGUAAAGACUUUGAACUACAGGGGUUGUCUUGCAAACAGUUAGCUGAAUCUGUUUUUCUGUUAAACUGUUUGAGCACGUUUUGUUUUCUAAGCUUUGAAGUUGAGUUGUAUAAAUAGAAGGUUGUAAGGAUCAAACACUUAUGAUAUGAAUGAAAUGAAUUGAUUUCUUUCUCCUCAA